AUGAACCUCGACGAGAAGAUCUUCCCACUUCACGGGAAUUCAAGCGACCGCUUCCAGGCACACGCGGCUGUUGGUAGCAUCAACGACCUGUUCGCUAUGCUAAACGGCGAGAAUGGUCAAGCCUUCGUCCACGAACAGGUCGCCCUCCAGCAGCUAGUUCUCGAACUUGACGGUAAAGCUACUGCUGAUCCCAAUGGUGACGAUUACUCCAGCCUUGCAAUGAAGUGCAACGAGUACCUACAAGACCUACAACACGCAAAAUCAGACAUCGCGAAAAUCCAAGCCAAAGCUGAUACUAGCGCUACGACCGCCGAAACUGCAAAUAACGAACUCAACGACUACAAACAACGACUCAACAAGACUGCCACCACUAUUAGAGACCUUCAAAGUAGGCUUGCUGACGCUGAUAACGCCCUCAAAGCUACUGCCGACACCGCAAUCCUUAGUGACGCUCAAGCCAGAAUUCAAACACUCGAGCAAGAGCUCCGCACCGCCACUACCUCCUCUAACAGCUCAAUCAGCGAACUCAACGAUAAGCUUACUCUUUCCACCGCAGAACUCCAUCUCGCUGAGAAAAGAAUUCAGCAGCUCAAUAGUCAAGUCCGAACCCUCAUUAGCCAAGCUAACCAGCCUGCUGCCCAACAACAAGUCAUUCACCAACAACGUACUCCUUGGUUUAAGGAUCCACCGAAUCUCGGCGCUGAUGGCAAGAACGUUACCCCAAGCCAGCUUGACAACUUCCUGAUCCAAUUGCAGAUGAAACUAGCUGCGAACAAGGACUGGUUUAGUACUGAGUUGGAUAAGAUGCGCUACGUCUUCAACUUACUGAGUGGCAAGCCUCUUGCUCUUGUUAAGCCCUACGCUUCUGAUGGCAGCUUCCACACUCUCCAAACCUCUCAGGAUAUACUCGACCUCCUCAAAUCAGUCUACAGCGACCCGGAACACAAAGACAACACCUACAAGAAACUCAUAAGUAUGAGACAGAACACGACCCCAACGAUUCAGUUUAUCGCUGAGUGGCAAGGCACUGCUGCGACUAUUGGUUACGGUAACGAUGCCUUUGCUACCCUCAACUUUACCCAAUCCCUCAACCCUCUUAUUGUUCACCAGAUGAAGCUCACCGGCAAGUACAGCCCAACUAGUUCUAUCGCUGAAUUGGCUGUCCUAGCCAAGGAGGCUGAUCAACUGUUGAAGCUUGUAUCUGGCGGUGCCUCCGACUAUCUCAAACCAAUCAGCCAUGCUCGCGCUACUCCUGUUCACGUACCUGUCCCUACACCAACGCCCUACGUCCCCCCAAUCACACCCACAGCUCCUGUUCCUUUGGGAGACCCUAUGGAACUUGAUGCCAACCAACUCUCUAAGGCCUGGACCUGGGAAGAUGUACACAGCGGCCGCCGCACCAAGAACCAGGCUGAAAAGGAUGCCCGUCGCAACUUUUGCUACGAGCAUAAGCUCUGCUUCUACUGUUGCUCCAGCGAACACGAUCGUGACACCUGCCCCAAGUUGAGAGACUUCAAGGAACGGAUGAAGAAGGAGAAGAAGGCUAGUGCCUGUUCUGCCGAAGUAAAGGAAGAACUGGCGGGAAAUGCGUAG